ACAUAUUUGAAAAGCAACUGUAAAUUGGCGGAUGGCUAUUGUAAGAUCAGAUUGCUGGUUGUGGGCAGAUUGACAAGAAGCUCCAAUUCAUAUAACUACUCCUUUUUGUGCUACCUAAAACGGCCGGUUGAAAUUUAUAAUUAAAAGAACUAUCUGUGCUCAUUUAUGUGAUCCUACUAAAGAAAGGAACCAAAUUGGCUAGAAGCAAGCAUAAUGUUUGUCUUGUCUGUCACAGUUUAACCUUACUUACAGUGAAGCCUGAAGGUAUGAAUAAUGCUAGCUAGCAACGUGUUCACUGUUUAAUGAAUACGCGUCACAGCAACCGUAGCAUCUUUUUCGUAAUGAAGUAUCAAUAACACGGAAAGUAUUAACAGGUGCCUGGAUGUCGGAGACUUGGGGCCGCCUGGAGGAAGAGGAAGCGGAGGCGGAGCUCAGCGAGCUGAAAGCGGGGAGCGCGGUGGGGAGAGCAGGGCGACUCGCCCCACUGAACGUGGCACACAAUGAGGCUCUCAAACAGGAGCAACAGGGGCCCCCCCACCAGCUAGCAACCCAGGAAGCAGGCCCCUCACCAUCCAGUGAAGGGACAGGGCUGCUGUCGUUGCCCUGGGAGAUGGUGGCCCACAUCGCCUCUCACCUCCCGGCGCAGUGUGUCAUCACAGUCCUGCCGCAGGUGUGUCGAGCUUUGGGGGGCGUAGGCGAGGACAGCACCGCCUGGCAGCUCCGAGCUCGCCGGCUGAUUGGCCCCGCCGCCUCCUUUCCCAUGGGGCCGAGGGAGAGCUUUGACUGGCCCGCCGCCUGCCUGGAAAUGGAGGAGCUCAUCUCCCGCUGGCGUGGGGCGGGGGUAGAGGGAGACAGGGGAGAGGGGCUGGGUGAGCGUGGGGCGGGGGUAGAGGGAGACAGGGGAGAGGGGCUGGGUGAGCGUGGGGCGGGGGUAGAGAGAGACAGGGGAGAGGGGCUGGGUGAGCGUGAUGAGGCGGAGAGUGAGCCCCCCGUGGCUCUGCAGCGCUUCUCGCUGCCCUCGGGCCACUUCGCCGAGGUGAACACGGUGCUGCUGGUGGGGGGGGAGGGGGCCCUGUGCGCCUCGGGCUCGCGGGACAGGAACGUGAACCUGUGGGACCUGCGGGGCGGGGCGCGGGGCACCCUCCUGCGCACGCUGGGCGGGCGGGGCCUGUUCAGCACGCACCGCGGCUGGGUGUGGUGCCUGGCCGCCCGAGGGCCCCUGCUCUGCUCCGGCUCCUUCGACAGCACCGUCAGGCUGUGGGACCUGGGGGCCGGGGGCUCAGAGCGGGGCCUCAUCCAGGGUGGGGCCGCCGUCAUCUGCCUGGCCUGUCAGAGCCACACCCUGGUGGCCGGCUCCUACGACAAGAAGGUCAGCAUCUACGACACCAGAGCGGCAGAGCCCCUGGUGAAGAGCCUGUGUCUCCAUGGCAAUGCGGUGUUGUGUCUGGCGGCAGACGAGCAGUACAUCCUCUCCGGGAGUAAGGACCGAACCCUCGCUGUGUUUGACCGCCGCGCCGGGAAACCCCUGCAGAAGCUGUCGCUGAGCUCCUACCUGCUCUCCAUGUCCUACAGUGGGAAGGAGGUUUGGGCCGGAGACAACCAGGGCCUGAUUCACACCUUUGCCCUGCGGGACGGCCUGUUCCAGCCCGUGUCCCAUUUCGACGUGGGUCACCACUCCCUGGUCACGGGCAUCCACAGCUCAGCCGGGACCCUGUACACCUGUUCCUCCGACCGCACCAUCAAGGUUCACCUCCCUUCUGCCCCCCCACGGACCCUUUGCUCACUGCGCCACCCAGCUGGAGUCAAUGGGCUGAGUGUGGAGGGCGGGGUGCUGGCUGUGGCUUCAGGGGAGAUGUGUGUGGAGGUGUGGAGACCCCAGAGGUGAGGGAGGGGAUAGUCAGUCAUGUGACCACCUGCUCAAACUGAACUUUAAACUGAAAACAAUUCCACUGAUACCAGUCUAAGGAUUCGCUACUACUGAACACUGUUCAAACACUAUUACGGUACUACAGAGGCCCUGCCUUGCUCGGUGAGUGUAUGUAGUUGUGUGACAUUUAUGUGUCUGCCAUUCUGUGACAUUCCAGGUGGCUUGAUGUUAUGAAAGAUUACUUUAAUAAACGCACAUAAUGGUGUAUAAUGAAGGAUUUUGAGUGAACCCCAGCUUGUGUGCAAUGUAACAAGAUCCAAGUCAUUAGUCUUGCAAAAAAGGAUGUUCUGUGUUUACAUUUAUAUGUCACUUGUUAGCUAACCUUUUGAAUAAAACAAAAUAUUUGUCGUUUGAGA